UAAAAUGAAAAUGUCCGCCCUUGUUGCCAACAGCCGAAACUAAGCUGCAGACGGAGGCGCGCUUUAAACAUACGGUUAUUCUUCUGUAACGUUGGCACAGACCAGAUAAAGUGUGUAAACACGGAGCAAUCGGCGGUACCUAGAACUCCGUGGACACGGGCCUUAUUUCUGGGAUGGAGGACCUCACCCCGCCUUCCACGGUAGCCGGGCCAUCCCAGUUUUGGCGGGUGUCGGAGCGGCGCAGCCGAAAGUCCGGCUCUCCCAACAUCUUCCGGGACGUGAACCUGCGGCAGCUUCAGCGGCUCUUCCAGCGCGCGGGGGACCAGGACGCCGAGCAGCGGGCGCAGCUGGUGUGGGGCCACGGCGACGCGGCGGAGCUGGCCCAGGCCCUGAUCGCCCUGAGGGCCCGGGGCCGCAGGACCAGGCUCAGGGUGGAGGGGGCCCGCGACCCCCAGGGGUCCAAGUGGCUCCAAGCCUUCGGCCAUCUCAGGAUCAACGAGGCGUCCGUGGCCGCCCCUGGUGAUGAGGACACAGAGGUGGAGCCCAGUCCCUUCAGUAGGCCCGACCCCGCCCCAGGGGGUGUGCCUGGGGGCCAAGGGGACAAGCCAUUGGCAGAAGGACAUAUAGAUUCUGAACGGCUCCAGAACGCCCCAGUUAGCUCCCUGUGGAGCAGACCCGGGAUCGCAAGUCAGGGCAGGGAGAGGAACCCAGAGCGGUACCUUCAUCGCAUACUGCACUGAAAGGUACAGGAUGGCACCGAAUGAGACGAUAGAAGACUGAGAUAAAGUGGGAGGAGCAAGGACUGGGAGGGGUGGAGCCAAUUUCCCAGGUUUAUGAUCAGUUCAGGAGGUACAUGUAUACUGAGCACAGGACACCAUGCUGGUCUGGUAUUCCUUGCACAAAGACACUAAAGGACCCUCAAUGAAAUAUUUGCAGGGGAGGGUGUUUAUUAACAUGGCACCUUAAAACACUCACAUGUUGUACUGUCUCCAUGAUCAGGAAACAGCUGCUAAACCUGAGUCUGUUCACAAUGUAGCCAAUAGUUUGCUGUUUGAGCACAAUGCAGAUCUACUACUUAAGAUGCAAUGAAAGAUAAGACAGAGAGAGAACAGUGUGAAGACUGUUUUGAAAAUAUAUUUUGGUGUUCACAUCAUGGCUGCCAUAAGCAGCUUUACCCUAUCAUGGUUAGGUUGCCAGAGAUCACAUCUGUUUACCCUAAACCAGUAGUAACCAACCCUCUUCCUGGAGAUCUACCAUUCUGUUUCAACCCUAAUUUGGCACACCUGACACUACUAAUUAGCAACACAAGAUCUCUAGCUGUUGAAUGAGGUGUGCUUUCGUAGGGUCAGAGUGAAAACCUACAGGACGGUGGAUCUCCUGAAACGGAAUUGGUUAUCGUUGCCAUAAACGGCUGUUGCAACACCAAUUGCCUCAGGGAGGCAUCUUGAUUUUUACAACAUGGCAAAGCUGACGAGCCAGGAAUUGAAACUACAGUGCCGUCCUGUUUUUACCAGAAUUGUCAGCAUCCGCAUAAUAUGGCAAAAAAAAAUAUCACAACCACAGUCUGUUUCCCCAGGAUAUGGCAGUACCCUCCCUACAGCAAACAUAGGGUCACUGGGGCAUGUGGAUGACUGUCCUCAUAAAAUGCAUCGUCGCAAGAUUUCCCUAUCCUUAAAAAAAAGCAUGUUUCAAGGAAGGCAGACCCACUUUGACCAGUCAGUUUGGAACAGAGCCAAGAGACAGCGAACAGACAUGUAGCCAAAUAGCAUUCCUGUGUACUACCAUUAGCCAUGGUCUUCAUCCUUAAAUCUCUCUCUGCUUAACAAGCAUGCCCGUUUCAACUCAGAAUACAAUGUGUAUAUGUGCAUACAUAUGUAUAUGUGUGAGUUAUACUGGGUUUUUUUUAAACCUUUGUCAAGCAUGGGUCAAGAGUGAUUUUUCUGAAAAGACAUUUUAAUCUAUAUUCAGGAUAUGUGAACCUUUUAUACAUACAAAUUAUAGCUUGUUACUUCACACUUCUCCGUUGGGAGGGCAUAUUCUAGAUAUAAAGGUCAUUAAAUAUAUAUAUAUAAAACCCUCAUGAACAAUGUAUGGUGUAACCAUGUGCAAAAAGACAAUUUACAAAAGGCUCUAUUCUUAGUGACAUGUGUAUUUCUUUCUAAAUCUCAAAACUCUAAAAUCAUUGCAAAUGGAAAUACUAAACCAAACUUGCGUGUACAGAUAAUGUCAUUAUUAUUGCAAAUUGUUACCAAUUAAAAGUUUGUGUUUUUUUUAAA